AUGUAUAAAGUAGGCUUCAUCACAAUAUCAGAUUCCAUCUCAUCAUCAACAUCAUCCAAUCCAAAUCAAUCAGUUCAUCAAAUCAUUCAAUCUUCAUUCUUAUCAAACCAACCCAAAAUCUAUCAUCUCAUCAAUCAUCUCAUCAUACCUGAUCAUCCAAUCCAAAUCAAACAUUCUAUUCUACAACUCAUCAACACUCAUCAUUCAGAUCUGAUCAUCACUUCUGGUGGAACAGGUUUACAUCCAUCUGAUCAAACUAAUCAAACAAUCGAACCAUUACUAGACCGAAAACUAGACGGCCUAAUUCACCAUCUACUCUCAACAUCUCUAUCCCAAACUCCUUUUGCUGCACUAUCCAAUCCGAUUGCGGGGAUCAGAUCUUCUACGUUGAUUGUAUCCUUACCUGGUUCUCCAGUGGCUUUGAUUACUCAUUUGAAUGCUUUAGAAAUCAUCUUGCCUCAUGCUUUGGAAUUGAUUAAAGGUAAUAAAUCUAAGUUGGCUCAUCAAGAGAUUCAUAGACAACAACAACAACAAACUCAACCUACUACUCAUCAACACACUCAUCAUCAUCAUCAUCAAAUCACAUCCAAUCCAAAUCCACAAAAUGAACAAAAUACCAAUCCUCACCCAUCCAAUCCAUCUCCCAAACAUCCCAGAAUCAGAAAAUCACAAUGGCCCAUCAUCUCAUUAGCCGAAGCCUAUUCACUAAUCUUCCAACACACCUCAGUUUUACCUAUCCAAAGACUUCAUCCCACCGAUCCUAAACUGAUCAACCGAGUCUUGAUGAAAGACAUUUAUGCUCCUUAUGAUUUACCUGCUCAUCCUUCCAGUAAUGUGGAUGGAUAUGCGAUCCAUAGCAGUUUUGCUAGCAAAGGAAUUUAUCAUGUGGUUUCUAUUCAAGAGUUUCAUGAGUUGGGUACGGUUCCUAAAGGAUCGGUUUACAAGAUUAACACAGGUGGUGGGUUACCGGAUGGAACCGAUUCAGUGAUCAUGAUUGAAGAUACCGAAGUAGUUACACCAGGCUCAGAAACCACCACCUUAGCAGAAGAAGAAGAGAUCCGAAGCUUGAUAGAUGUUUCCAAAGGACAACAUGUCAGAGAGAUUGGAAGUGAUGUAAGAUCAGGAGAUUUAGUUUUAGAAAAAGGAACCAUGAUGAGUGAGACCGGAGGCGAGAUAGCCACAUUGGUAAGUAAUGGAAUUCAAGAAGUUUGCGUAGGUAGUCAGAGUACCGUGGCGAUCCUUUCGACGGGUGAUGAGCUGAUUGAACCAAACCAAGUAGUGGAAGAAGAAUGGAUAACGAAAGGAAAAGUUAUGGAUUCUAAUCGUCCUAGUUUGAUCACUUCACUUAAGUCUCAACAUGAUACGAAUCUGAUCGACUUAGGUAUCGUUGGAUGUGAUCGAACUAAACUUUUAGAAACCUUUCGAUCAGUCUUAAACCGACCUGAAUCGAUUUCCUUAAACAUGAUUAUCUGUACCGGUUCAACAUCGAUGGGAGAUACAGAUCAUUUAAAGGAUGUCUUGGUAGAAGACUUGAAGGCAAAGAUAUGGUUUGGUAGGAUAGCCAUCAAACCCGGCAAACCGACGGUCUUGGCUACCGUUCUUUCUCCGAUCGAUCAACAUGAAGUCUUGGUCUUUGGAUUGCCUGGAAACCCGGCUAGUGCGUUUGUUACGUUUCAUUUGUUGGUCAAGGCUUCUUUGAGGAAGAUGGAAGGGUACAGAGAAUCGGAUUGGAAAGGAUCAUGGGUUCCAGUUGAACUUGAACAUGAUUUCCAAUUAGAUGACCAAAGAGAAGAGUUUUGUAGGGUACGAAUCCGAUUUGAUCCCACUGAAAACAAACUAUUGGCUAGUUCAAAUGGGUUUCAAAGAAGUAGUUCUUCCAUCUCUUUAGCUGGUGUGAAUGGAUUCUUGAGAUUACCGAUUGGAAGUUCUGAUCGAAAAAAUGUUAGGAAGGGUGAAGGAUUGAAUGCGUUGCUGAUCGGUAAGAUCUGCAUGGAGUGA